AUGGAUGCAGACGUGAUCAAGGUGUUUGGUACGCGGACGAAGCUGGAUGGGACGGGAUGGCUGGCUGAACUUGAGCAGGCGGAGAAGCAAUGCAUCAACGUGGCGGUGGCCGACGUCGCCGCUCGCGUGGUACACGGUAAACAGGCGAUCGCGGUCGAGGCGAUCUUGGGUGCGCUGAAGCAGAUCCCGACGAUCAUGGCGGAUAAUGUGGGGUAUGACUUGAGUGAGCUUGUUGCGAUGAGAGCGGCGCAUUAUGAGGGGAAGAUGUAUGCUGGGCUCGACAUGGACGAGGCGAAGGUGGCGAGCGUCCGCGAGCUUAUCAUUACGCAGAGCUACAAGCUCAAGCGACCGUUGGUUCUCAUCGCGACUGAAGCUGCUGAGAUGAUCAUUAGGGUGGACGGUAUCCUGUGCACGUCACAGCGGAGACGAUAG